AUGGGUCCAACGGGGCUAGACCAGUUCAAAGAGCUGCCUAUUAGGCCAGCGGGAAUUAUCUGGCAGGAUGACUUUGUUUCGCCGGAUCACGAGAAACGUCUUAUUUCAAUUUUCCUCAAUGAGUUAAAAUGGCCUGACCGCUCCGGCCGCUUGUCGCUCCACUAUGGCUACACCUUUGACUAUAAAACAUUCGACAUAGAUCCAGACAUUCCAUACAAGGAGUUUCCAGACUGGCUACAACCAUUGAUUCCGACUACAGAGUCUCGGCCACCGGACCAGGUCUGUUUGCAGUACUAUCCACCAGGCACUGGCAUUCCGCCCCACGUGGAUGCACAUAGGGCCUAUGACCAGCUUUACGCCCUAUCUUUCGGCGCACCGGUCAUGAUGAAGUUCCGCAGGGGCGAGCAGCAAGUGGAUAUUGAUUUGGCCCCCCGGAGCAUGAUGCAGAUGACAGGCGACGCGAGGCUGCAUUGGACUCAUGGCAUUAAGAAGCGCAAGACAGACACACUAGCAGAUGGAACAGUCAGGCCGCGGGGUGACCGGUGGAGUAUCACAUACCGGUGGCUUAGAGAAGGGGAAUGUGAAUGUGGGGAUCUUGAGCUGUGUGACACAGCUCAGAAACGGAACGGGAUAGAGAAGGAAAAUAGGUCAUUUAAACCGUUAGCAGCGAAUGCUGUUUCUCAAAGACCAGUUAACUAG